CCAAUCGCAAAGAAAGUUUUCCUCCCUCCGAGUUUCAGGCACCCGUGAAGCCCUUUUCUUCUGCAGAACCACUGGGGGACCAGGACACAAGAGAGAUGCCUUAGGGCCACGUCAGCUGCCCCAGAGGACUCAUUCCUGGUGGCCAGAAGUUGCCAAGCAACUCACAUGUGUUUGGCAGGCUCCCUUGGAGUCUUCAGCUCCCAGUGACACUUCUGGAAAUCCAGUCCUCCGACCUACCCAGCUGGCAUCCUCCUCGGCAGCCCACCGAGCCAUGGAGGCCCCGGAGGUCCCAGUGGGCUCACUGAUUGACUUUGAGACAGAGCCAUCCGCCUCCUCACCUGUGGAGGCACUGCCACCAAAGCUGCAGGAUGGGGACAGCGGGUCGGAGAGUGAGACCACGGAGUCAGCAGACAGCGAGAACGACAUGGGCGAGUCGCCCUCUCACCCAUCCUGGGACCAGUACCGCCGCUCCUCCUCCAACGAGUCCUUCUCUUCCAACCAGAGCACAGAGUCGGCCAAGGACGAGGAGGCCCUGGAGCUCAGGGAGUUCAUGCGUGGCUACGUGGAAAAGAUCUUCUCUGGAGGGGAGGACUUGGACCAGGAGGAGAAAGCUAAGUUUGGGGAGUACUGCAGCAGUGAAAGUGGAAAAGGCCGGGAGUGGUUUGCUCGAUAUGUGAGCGCCCAGCGCUGCAAUUCCAAGUGUGUCUCAGAGCCGACCUUCUACCGCCUCGUGCAGUCAUUUGCGGUGGUCCUGUUCGAGUGUCAUCAGAUGGAUGACUUCGGGCCUGCCAAGAACCUCAUGACCAUGUGCUUCACUUACUACCACAUCGGCAAACCACACCUGCUUCCCUCAGAGUCCAAGGAGAAGCCUGCAGGGAGCAUCGACUCCUACUUGAAGUCCGCCAACAGCUGGUUAGCGGAGAAGAAGGACAUCGCCGAGCGGCUGCUGAAGAACACGGAGAACGUCAAGGGCUUCUUCGGGGGGCUGGGACCCCUGGUCAGGAAAAAUGAGGAGGAGGAGAGCAAGCCCAAGGACAAGCCGCAGAAGACUGUGACCGUGUGCAGCCCGGAGGAGGAGAGAAAGGGGGAGAAGAUCUACCUGUACACGCACCUGAAGCAGCAGCCCAUCUGGCACACGCUGAGGUUCUGGAACGCGGCCUUUUUCGAUGCUGUCCACUGUGAGAGGAGAAAGCGGUCCCCCACGACCAGAGGGGAUGCUGGAGAGGAGGAGAAGAAGAGGGAGAAGUGGUGCCACAUGACGCAGGAGGAGCGCGACGACAGCCUGCGGUUCAACGAGAACAUCACCUUCGGGCAGCUGGGCACGUUCACUCACAACAUGCUGGCCUUCGGGCUGAACAAGAAGCUGUGCAAUGACUUUCUGAAGAAGCAGGCGGUGAUCGGCAACCUGGAUGAAGAGCAAUACAAGCUGCUGAGCGACCACAUCGAGCAGAUGGCCGCCGAGUAGGCCACAGGGUCGCCCAGGGCACUCCUCAGGACCGGGGGCACCGCUCUCCUGGGCCAGCGACUGGCUGUCACCCACCUGAUGACCCUGCAUGACAUCGGCAGCACCCAGCGCCACCCCACGCUGCCCCAGAACUAGCGGUUAGAAGACCCCGGCUGCCCGCCUCCCCACCCCCUCUGCCUAUGUCUACUCCUCCGUUCACGUGCCAAAGUGUCCCUGGAUUGUGUGACUAGAAUGAGGUGACGUCCACCCUCCCCAGUGCCAGGCCUGCGACAUGGAAUUGAAGGAAGAGGAAGGAGGCCAGGACCAGGGUGGGCACAGGGCAGUGUCUGCCCACAGCCCCUGCAGGAGAGGGGGGUGCGUGGGAAUGUACAGAGGGCAGCCCCGAGCCGGCCACGACUGACACGGCAGCUGGGAGACGGUCCGGGGCUCUGCUUCAGGCCUGGGCAGGGCAGAAUCCUAGUCGGCUCCUGCUGAGCGGCAGCCUGUGGCGGGCGGGAGCCCUCUCAGUGUAGGUCCACGCUGGUGCUGGCUUUUCCUGGCUCCUCCCGCCGAGUGACAGGAACUAGAGUCACAGGAACCUCGAGGAGGUUCUAAUUUAGGGAGGGAGAGAGGCCAGCGUAGAGGGCACCUGGAGAGGUCACCGCAGCUGUCACCCCAGCGAGGAGUCUGUGUCGCCGUCGGAACUGUUCCUGGUCAGCUGGCAGCUUCCUCCUCUUGCUCGCUGGGAGUGGCCUCGGCCGUCUGUCCCAGGAAACAGCACAGGAAAGAGAUUUCUUCAGUAGCUGCAAGACAACCGCCCUUUCUAAAAGUGCUGCUCUUUAUUUCAAAAAAGGGAAAAGGCGUUACACAGCCGGGCAUAGGCGGCUCCUGGUGGCGGUUGUGUGAGGCCCACUAGCAGAGAGCUUCAGGGUUUUGGGCCCUCCACCCCUGGCAGCCUCGGGGAGGCACCUUUCCCUGCUGCAGCCCAGGCCCCAUUGAGCUCUUUCCUGCAGACCCUGCAGAUGACCCCUCCCCUAUCCGGUGCCUGGGAAGCAGGCUCCUCCCUGAGUGUGUACCAGGCACAGCACACCAGCCAAGCGCGCUAAAGUCCGGCCUUCAAGCGUCCGGCAUGCUGGCUCCUCCAGUGGGAAUUCUCAGCCUCAUUCCCUGUGCCGCCUGCCCAUCACUCAUGGGCACUGACCUUCAAAUGGGCUCCUGGGGCUCUCUGUCCUCCGUCCUGUUUUCCCUACUACCUCCUCCAGCUCAAAACCACAGCACAUUACUGUCUGCUCUCGAGCACAGCGGAUCAUGCCUGGUAGUCUCGUAUCCAGCCAGUGCUCGAAUGGGUUCCUGAUGGAAUGCCUCCCUGGAAGGUUCCAGAGAAGAUCCGGUGUUGGUGGAGCCAUUGAAUGCACGUCUGGAUAAUCAUGAGAGGCCCCGUGGAACGUGUGGUCUGAGUGUGUGGCGUAAAUGUCGUCAGCUGAAAGAGCUCGUGUGUGUGUGUGUGUGUGUGUGUGUGUGUGUGUGUGUGUGUGUGUGUGUGUGUGUGUGUGUGUGUGUGUGUGUGUGUGUCAUCAGCUGCUCUGGCGAUGUCACGAAGCAAGCACAGCUGUGCUGCUGGGUUGCCUGCCGUGUGUUGGAAGGUCGUGCAGGCUGGCGUGUCCCGCCCCCAGCCUCACUGCUGGGCCCCAGUGAUGGCGCGUGUCUCUACGAGUGCAUUUCGGAGGAAUGACAGAAUGGAUGGGUGUGUGCCCCCCCCCUACCCCCCCGCCAAGGCCUCCCUCAGGUAACGCAUCCCCCUCAACCAUUCAGCCCUGAGCCCUGGAUGUGCUGCUGUGCCCCCUCCCCACCCUCUGUAAGACCAGGGCCUCCCUGUGGUCGGUCCGAGCCCUGCAGGGCUGCGGGAGGCCCCCUCAGCUUGCCGGCUUAGCUUUAGCAGUCGUUUCUUAGCAGUUAGCUGAGAUGCAUUAAGACUUCAAGACGCCCCGAGGACUCAUCCCUGUGCUCUGAGGUGUUUGUGUGGAAGCUUUGGUUUGCGCUGAUUUCUGGAGGAAGAAGGGUGCAUUCGGAGACUUUCCCAGGGAGCUGCCGGGUGGGGCGGGAGCACACGGCCUUCGGAAGGAAAUGCAGCUUUGGCCUCUGUGGGCUUUUCCACGCACUUAAUUCCCAGAUGAUCUGGAGAUACUUUUAAUCAAUAGGCCCCUGGAGAUGGCAGCUGAAGGUGGAAGGAAGGGUUGCUUUGUGUUCCCCUCUCACUCCUGUUCUCAUAGAUCCCGCUCCUUGCAGGGGGGUAAGUCUGGCCCCAGAGGUGCUGCCUGUCACGUUCAGCCCCACAAGGGAGCGCUGACCAAGACCAGGGGCCACCUUGGCGUGGCCUGACGAGGGGAUGGGAGGCUGCUCUGUCUCCCGUUGGCAGCUGCCUUUGGCCGAGCAUUUCACCUCGGACUGCCUCCUGCAGGAGUGGCUCCUUAGAAGGAGGCUGGCAGUUUGCCUCACUGGAGUUUCCUCUCCUCCCUGUGACAUCGUCCCUUCUCUCCAGGGCCUGGCUGAGCAGAGGAGAGGGGCCCUGGGAGGAGCAGACACAGGACGCACUCUCCGAGGCCCAACCGAGGAGCUGGCUCACCCAGUGCACACACAGGACGCUUUGGUCAUAGAGCUCUGAGCCCUUCCUGUAAACUCGGGAGCCUUCGCCUCGGAGCAGGAAGCUUCCGAUGGAGUCCAAGGAGAGGUUCCGGCCCCAGCAGGAGCAGUUUCCCAGGCUGGGGCUCCGCAGGCCUGCCAUUCGCAGUGCAGCCCAGCUCUUCUGCUGGCUGCCCUCGGGGCUGAGUCAUAGUGAGCCCAGACACAUAAUGCUCGCAAGUGAGAUGUUCCCUCCUUGGAAAACUGGGAGGUUGAAAUGCAGCCUUGUAUGUUUUUAAGCUUUGUUAUAAUUUUUGCAAUACUGGUGGGUGUUUAAGAGGGGCCACAUUAGUGUUCGGACUGCAGCCGUGGUGUGGUGUGGUGUGGUGUGUGUGUGUGUGUGUGUGUGUGUGUAACCAAAGGGAGGAGAGCCAAAUUCUGAUAUUGAAGUACUUUGUACAGUGGGAUGAGUAGACUGACCUAUUGCCAAAGGAAAGACAAGUGGGCCGAGGGGCUCUGACAUUACAAAAGGGCGGGGAAAGGCGUCACUUCCUAGUUCUGCACCCAAAUGAGGGCCUGGGUGUUUGGGUUAACCCUGCGGGCCCCGGGGGUGUCGGGCAGAGGCCAGGGCGGGAGUCAGAGGCACCACCUGUGGGUCCUGCUCUCGCCUCUCCAUGCCCAGGGAGACCACGGAUUCAUGUGGCUACAGCCGGAGGUUCGCUCUUUCACGGACUGUUUUAUGUGGUUAAUGUACCACCAGCCUCCUGAUGUGAGAAGCACAGCAUUCAGUCCACAGAGGAGUCGGCCAUGGGCUUUGUCUGGCCUGGGUGUUCGUGACCCGAAGUUAGGGCCACAAGCUGCAAGCCUGGCCCUCCUGGGCAUUACUGGGCCCUAACCUUUGGCUUUUUAAUUAGGAAGUAGCCAGGUAGACCCAUGGUUAGGCCAGCUUGAUUGCCAGAUUACCCAAAACUUAAGAUAGCUAUGCAGCAGGGGGCUGAGUCCUUAGCACAGAACUGGGGGAGCUUGGGAAUCAGGGAAAGGGCAGGAGGGCCGGAGGCCCAGCCCCAACCUCAGGAGGCGGGUGCAGCAAGUCCCGCCCACCACACCCAGCAGGUCCAAAGGUUUCAUUAAACCAACGGUCGCCAACCUUUCGGACCUCAUGGACCACCAGUGGUCCGCGGACCACCGAUUGGCGACCGCUGGUCUAGGGCUAAUCUCUCACCUUCCUCAAUCGUAGAUGAAACUGCUCCAAGGCUUAUUCUUCUCGCCUCCUCCCUCACCUUCCCAGCCUUUGGUUCUCCUGAACCAUUGCUCUCACAGCUUGGCCAUCUCACCUUGCUUUUCUGUAAAUCAUUUAUUCCUUUUCAUGAUUCUCGGGGAUGUUUUACUUGAACGGCUUUCCGCCAAGCUUCCCGGUGAAGGGAAGGUGUAUGGCUAGAAGUACCUCUAAUGGACUGGUGUGCGGUGUUGAGGCCCCAGCAGGACAGGAUUACUCAGCCACACGGGCCAUGCGUCCGGAAUGUCCUUACCCCCAUGUGGCCGGGAGUAGGAGCGUGUUGGUUCUCCAGGAACAGAUGGAGGAAUCAUUUCCAGGUUGCUCACACCCAGCGAAUACAGCCAAUGCUGAGACAAGGCAGGCUCUUGGGGCCUCCCUUGGGCAGGGUGUCCCUUGCCCUUCCUGGGCCUGUGCGUCUUGUGCUCCUCAGGAGGGAUGGAAGGAGCCCCCGGGGGCCAGCCUUUGUUCCCUGGGCAACCAACCUGGUGUCAGCCUGUGUCCCCAAGGCAGCCAGCUGGUGAGUGGAACCCCAGGAUUCAAGUGGGGCAGUGCUCCCAGUGCCUGGUUCUUGGUUGCUGUGGGAAACUCAUCAUUUUCAGGAGUGAGCCAGGAUGGUCUGGGCCUGCCCCUCCCAUCACUUACACACACAGCUCUCUCGGGGCAUCUGCCACAGGGGGAGCCAAUCCUGGCUUGACCUGUAGACUCCAGGCGUUGACAAGGCCAGUCAGACCUGAGCCCCGUAGCCUGGAGCUCCUCUGAGCUGCCCCUGACUGGGGUUUGCACUUUAACCAUAAAGAGGACUCCUGCUGGUGAAUCCCCUCUGCCCUGUGGGUCAGUCCUAGGACGGGGGGCUGUGCCUGUCUCCCCUCUGCCCCAUGGGUCAGUCCUAGGACGGGGGGGGGGGGGGGGGCGGGCUGUGCCUGUCCUCCCCUGGGCCCUGGGCCAUGUGCUCGUGAAAGGAGAACGGGACAUGGGAUGUGCAUGGCGGUUCCACACGAGGCCUGAUGGGUGGGGUCCUGUCCUGGAGACAGUGAGAUCACGAGCGAGCCCGGGGCUGUCACUUCCCAGGGACACCUUAAAGACAAGACAAACAUUUGACACUAGAAAAUGCCAAUAUUUCAAACAGACAUGAUCCCCUGAGAACCUGACGUGGGCUAGAACAUUGGCCGCCUUUGUGAUACACGUGGCUUCCAUUGGGCUUCGGGUGGGGUUUACACGCGCGCAGUCUCCCGUUUUCUCUCUCACCCAGUUUGUCUCAGACCUAAGCUUGCGCCUGGACAUCACCUUUAGAAGCUAAAGGUGGCGUUCAGGGUGCGGGUCUUUUACGUGUUGCAGUUUCACUAUGUGUCCCACCGGGUGAUGCUCUGCAAACUGUAUUUUAAGGUUGAGAGAGUUUCACGGUUGAGGAUCUCAGAACUGUGCUGAAGUCAAGCACUGCUUCUUGCUGGGAGGAAAAAGAAUGUCUGUACAUUGCACCUCGGAUUGUCAGAAGGUGGAAACUGAAAUAAAUUGUCAUUGAAGAAAAA